AUGAACCUCAUUUACCCACCGAAAGGUUUGUAUAUAAGUGAUCUUCUCCGACCCUCUCGGACUCGGUUUUGCUGCCCAUCACUCACUCACACUCUCUCAACCUUAAACCAACUACUACAUUCAUUCUUUUAUUUUCAUUUUUAUUCUCCCUCACCCACGUGUGUGUUCUACCCUUUUCCCAUCAAAAUGCAGUUCUUCAAGUUCGGCCUGGUGCCUCUGCUGGCUGCCCUCCCCGGCGCCCUCGCCUGCAACGGCUACACCGGCGGCGUCCCCAAGGCCACCGGCACCGUCUCCUCCAAGUCCUACAUCGAGAUCAAGUCCGGCCAGGUCUUUGACGGACAGUGGAAGCGCUACGACCGCGGCUCCGGUGCCUGCGGCGGCCAGUCCGAGGGUGACUACAAGGACUCCGUCUUCUACAUCCAGGCCGGCGGCACCCUGAAGAACGCCAUCAUCGGCAAGAACCAGGCCGAGGGCGUCCACUGCAACGGGCACUGCACGCUCGAGUUCGUCUGGUUCGAGGACGUCUGCGAGGACGCCAUCUCCAUCAAGAACGACAAGGCCGGCAAGCAGACCUGGAUCAUCGGCGGCGGCGCCUACCACGCCUCCGACAAGGUCAUCCAGCACAACGGCUGCGGUACCGUCAACGUCAUCAACUACUACGUCGAGGACUACGGCAAGCUUUACCGUUCUUGCGGCAACUGCAAGUCCCAGUGCAAGCGCACCGUCAACCUCGAGGGCAUCACCGCCAAGAACGGCGGCGAGCUCGCCGGCAUCAACAGCAACCUGGGCGACCGCGCCACCCUCAAGAACGUCUGCGCCGACGCCAAGACCAAGUGCCAGAAGUACAACGGCUGCGCCGGCGGCUGCGAGCCCAAGAAGGCCGGCACCUGCUAA